AGCGCAGCCGUCCAAUCAUUGCGGUCAAAUAAUUCCAGGCGCGCUCAUUCGCCCAUUUCCGAGCUCAGUGUCCGCAGCGAGAUAAAAAAAAACCCAGUCCAAUAGCUAUGGAAUCCGUCGAGUUGCAAACGUCAACGCAAGGUCAGGAUCUGUCUGAGUCUCAGUCCCAGGAGCAGGCGACGCAGCAGCAGUCACAAGCUUUGACCGACGCGCAGGCUGCACAGAUCGCGCUAUACCAGUCUCAGCAGCUACAGUUUCUCCAGCAAAUGCAACAGCAGCAGCCGAACAACGAGCAGCUCCGGCAGUUGUACAACAACCAGAUGAUGAUGAUGCCGCAGUUCCUGCUGAACUCGCCCUUGUUGAAUGCUCUGACAACUCAGGGAGCGACGACCCCCGCGGUGUCGGACACGGUAGAGGAGGAACCUGUCUACGUGAACGCCAAGCAAUACCACCGCAUUAUGAUCCGUCGCCAGCAGCGGGCAAAGCUGGAGGCCAAGCUAGGAAACAACCGCCAGCGCAAGGCGUAUCUCCACGACUCGCGUCACAAGCACGCCAUGCGACGUCCGCGUGGACCUGGCGGUCGCUUCUUGACCCGCGCUGAGAUCGCGAUGCUUAAGGAAGGUACGCUGCGCCUAGAAGACCUACCAGCCAAAGCUGCCAAGUAGCAAGUUGGUAGAUUCCAAUGCCAUCUUUCCGUAGUAUAGUGUACUCCAUUCACAUCGUCUGUAUCAAAUGUCAAACACCAGCCUACUACUAGAGCUUACUACCGUGGAAUGACAUGUAAAGUUGUUGCUGCCACACACGUGGAUCGCUGCC